CAGAGGUGGCAGACAUGGUCGGGGACUGCCUCCCCUGCUCACUUCCACUUAUCACAGCGACUUAUCAAAGGACCAAUUCUAAACCGAUACCACUAAGAAAGUGACUGGAGCUGGCUGGCACUGUAGACUCCAUUCCAGGCUGCUUCUGGGAGGGACCAGGGGGCUGCCUGGGGAGAAGGGCUUAACUACUCUGACUUCCACCAGUUUCUCAGUGAAUGCGCCCUCGCAGCUUUCCCUGAAUAAACAUUACCAGGACUUACAAGGUGCCGAGCACUCUGCCAGAAUCAUGCGAAUUUCAGAGGAAAAUACCCGUUCAUACAUCUCAAGAAACGCACAGGCUCGUGAGGGAGCAUUCUUGCAAAUGCACAUGGUAAAUGCCCAAUCGAUGUUCGUUGAAUGUCAGAAAUUCACAACUAGUUCAGGCCUCAAUGCAGUAGGAAAAGGAUGAAAAAGAAACUCAUUUUAAAUCAAGUAAACAAGUGCAAAAGCCACGUAUAUAGAGGAGAGGAGAUACGAAUGGCAUCACAACAUAAAAAAAUUCCUUUGCCAUCGAAAACUUCCAUGCCUUUAAGGUUUUAAAUGAAGACUUCCAAAACUGAUUUACUUAAGACUCUACAUAAAACGCCUGAUCUUUAAACCCAAGAAAACAAAGGUGAAUGUGUUACUUUCCUGGGCGGAAAAAAAAAGGUAUUAAAGGAGAAAAAAAGAGUAAAGUGUACUGACGGGGCUCUUAGUGGGUUCUCACAUCACAGGGCACUGCAGCUGAGACGUGCGUGAACGGCCCCCGUUUUCUACCCGCAAAUUCUCAAUUGCUAAACAACAGUAACAAAACUUUAUUGGGCGCUCAUCGUGUCAAACCCUGUGUUGACGGCUCCAUUCCGCAAGGCCCAUUCUACCGGCGAGGAGGCCCCGGCUCCAGGAGGGGAGGAGCGCGCCCAAGGUCACCAGCCAGUGAGUGGCGGGCUUAUUCCAACUCCGAACGACGCCCAAGGUCUGUCUCGGCCACCAGCGUGUUCCAGCGAGCGCCCAGCCACCUCACUCGCAGCCUCCCCAGCGCAGGAGCCCGGCUGUGGGCCUGUGGCAGCCGGGUCUUCCCGGUCCCCACCUCCUGGGGCCGACGGGCGGCAGGAAGGGGCUCGGCGGGACGCCCCGUCAGGGGACCGGAGGAGGAACAACGGACCACGUUCCGAACGGCCUGGACUCCCGAGACUCACCCGACUCGCGGCCACACCGGGAGAACUGAAGCGGCAGUCACCGACGGAGACGACCGACCCGAAGGCCGGCUGCCAGGGAGCAGACAGCUGAACCGCUUGCCAGACGCCAAAGGCCAGAGACGCCCUCCACCUCUCCACCGCGGUCUGGGCUCCCCGCCCCCGCCGCCCGCGGGCCCUAAGGCGCAUGCGCCGCCUGGCCUGGAUGGGCCCAUUCCCGUCGGUCGCUGGGGGAGGCACAGUGAGUCCACUGAGGCACGGCAGCGUCUAUGCCACAAGCCGAGCAAAUAAGCCACAUCCUAACGGAGCCUAUGUGUCAGUCCACUACUGGUGCAAGGCUGCACACUUCUAAGAAGUGCAGCGCGGGGGCUUGGCGACCUUCGCUUCAGUCGCUCCCCCGUGCAGUCCCCUGUGCCCAAGACACAGCCUGAUGCUUGCGCUCCGGUGGGCGGGGCUUGGAGGCGGCGGGAACUGCAAUUGGUGGCUUUGAAGGCGCGGCGGGCGGCAACAGCUGCUGUGGAGUGAGACUGCAGGAGAUGUGGGCCGUGCCAAAGAGAUGGAUGAGACUGUUGCUGAGUUCAUCAAGAGGACCAUCUUGAAAAUCCCCAUGAAUGAACUGACAACAAUCCUGAAGGCCUGGGAUUUUUUGUCUGAAAAUCAACUGCAGACUGUAAAUUUCCGGCAGAGAAAGGAAUCUAUAGUUCAGCACUUGAUCCAUCUGUGUGAGGAAAAGCAUGCAAGUCUCAGUGAUGCUGCCCUGUUAGACAUCAUUUAUACGCAAUUUCAUCAGCACCAGAAAGUUUGGGAUGUUUUUCAGAUGAGUAAAGGACCAGGUGAAGAUGUUGACCUUUUUGAUAUGAAACAAUUUAAAAAUUCGUUUAAGAAAAUUCUUCAGAGAGCAUUAAAAAAUGUGACAGUCAGCUUCAGAGAAACUGAGGAGAACGCAGUCUGGAUUCGAAUUGCCUGGGGAACACAGUACACAAAGCCAAACCAGUACAAACCUACCUACGUGGUGUACUACUCCCAGACUCCGUACGCCUUCACGUCCUCCUCCAAGCUGAGGCGCAAUACACCACUUCUGGGUCAGGCGCUGACAAUUGCUAGCAAACACCGUCAGAUUGUGAAAAUGGACCUGAGAAGUCGCUAUCUGGACUCUCUUAAGGCUAUUGUUUUUAAACAGUAUAAUCAGAACUUUGAAACUCACAACUCUACGACACCUCUACAGGAAAGAAGCCUUGGACUAGAUAUAAAUAUGGAUUCAAGGAUCAUUCAUGAAAACAUAGUAGAAAAAGAGAGAGUCCAACGAAUAACUCAAGAAACAUUUGGAGAUUAUCCUCAACCACAGCUAGAAUUUGCACAAUAUAAGCUUGAAACGAAAUUCAAAAGUGAUUUAAAUGGGAGCAUCUUGGCUGAGAGGGAAGAACCCCUCCGAUGCCUAAUAAAGUUCUCUAGCCCACAUCUUCUGGAAGCAUUGAAAUCCUUAGCACCAGCUGGUAUUGCAGAUGCACCACUUUCUCCACUGCUCACUUGCAUACCCAACAAGAGAAUGAAUUAUUUUAAAAUUAGAGAUAAAUGAGACGUGCGUGGUUUCAUAAGCACAGCUCUUCCUUCUUGAUACUGCACAUGCACUUCAGUUCAUGGCUAGCUGUAGAGCUUCCGUCUGUAAACUUGUAUUUUCAAGAAUCCUUGGUAUUGAAUUUUUAGAAAUGCUCACAUAAUUGUUGGGACUGAUUCAUUCCUCCACGAUAUGCCUCCUCUCUCUGAUAUCCUGCUAACUGUGGCCGUUGUGGCAUUUGAGAUGACAGGACAUACCCUUGACUUUGAGUGCCUGAAUGCUCUGAAAUCAAGCAUAUGGCGCAGCGCUUGAGACUUUUGGGUUUGUGUCCUUUUUUCUAUGGCUGUCUCUUCUCGAUUCUGGAGAGGUCUGGUUCCAGUGGCUGGUUUCCAGGGAUUGAUUCUUAAGCUCUGGAUCACAGAAAGAAGCAACAAGGAACUAUACUCAACUCAAAACUUUUUAGGAGAAUCAUGAAAUUGGUCCAUUCAAAGGAUGGAGUUGAGUCCAUUGUGUUAUUGUUGCAAGAGGUUGCAUAUUUGGUGAGUCAGUUACAUAAAAUAAUGUUCUUAUUGUAAAUAUGAUACUUCUCAUAAUCUAUUUUAUCAUGUGUAUAACAUUCAAACUGACAAAUAUUAUACUGACUUAUGAAUAAAGGUGUCAAAAAACUGGCACAUCAGUUAAUUUUGAUGAAAGUCCUUCAGUGAUCAUCACUAAAUACCCUGUCUUUCUAAAAAAUUUUCCUAAUUUUUUAUUUAUUUAUUUAUUUAUUGAGACAGGGUCUCACUCUGUCACCGAAGCUGGAGUGCAGUGGCAUGAUCAUGGCUCACUGCAGCCUCAACCUCCCAGGCUCAAAUGAUCCUCCCACCUCAGCCUCCCGAAUAGCUGGGAUUACAGACGCGCUCCAUCAUGCCCAGCUAAUUUUUUUUGUUUUUUGAGACAAAGUCUCCUUCUGUCACCCAGGCUGGAGUGCAAUGGCACAGUCUUUGCUCCCGGCAACCUCUGCCUCCUGUGUUCAAGCGAUUCUCCUGCCUCAGCCUACAAGUAGCUGGGACUACAGGCAUGCACCACCAUGCCCAGCUAGUUUUUGUAUUUUUAGUAGAGGCAGGGUUUCUCCAUGUUGCCCAGGCUGGUCUCAAACUCCUGGGCUCAAGCAAUCUGCCCAUUUUAGCCUCCCGAAAUGCUGGGAUUAUAGGAGUGUAUUAGUCUGUUCUCAUGCUACUAAUAAAGAUAACUAAGACUGGGUAAUUUACAAAGGAAAGAGGCUUAACUGACUCACAUUUCCACAUGGCCGAGGAGGCCUCACAAUCAUGGUGGAAGGCAAAUGAGAAGCAAAGUCAUGUCUUACAUGGCGGCAGGCAAGAGCGCUUGUGCAGGGAAACUCCCAUUUAUAAAACCAUCAGAGCUCAUGAAACUUAUUCGCUACCGUGAGUAUGGAAGAAGUCUUUCCCAUGACUCAAGUAUCUCCACCUGGCCCUGCCCUUGACACAUGGGGGUUAUUACAAUUCAAGGUGAGACUUGUGUGGAGACACAGCCAAACCAUAUCACAGGCAUGAGCCACCCCAUGCGCCAAAAUGUCUUUUUUAAACAUUUUAAAAUCUAUUCUUUAUCUUGUUUCAGAGAGGAUUUGGAGUUACAAAAACACAUUAGACUGGGCAUGAUGGCUCACACUUGUAAUCCCAACACUUCGGGAGGUUUCUCCUAGUGUACUCUCACACUUCUGAUACCAGAUAUGUCGGGGGAGGGGGUUUCCCCCACACAUUAAGCAAGUGUGAAACAUGAUAGACAAAAUGACUUCACUCUGGGCCGGGUGUAGUGGCUCACGCCUGUAAUCCUAGCACUUUGGGAAGCUGAGGUGGGCAGAUGACCCGAGGUCAGGAGUUCGAGACCAGCCUAGCCAACAUGGCAAAACCUCAUCUCUACUAAAAAUACAAAAAUUAGUUGGGGGUAGUGGCAGGUGCCUGUAAUCCUAGCUAUUUCGGAGGCUGAGGCAGGAGAACUGGUUGAACCGGGGAGGCAGAGGUUGCAGUGAGCCGAGAUCAUGCCACUGCACUCUAGCCUGGGUGACAGAGUGAAACUCUGCCUCAAAAAAUAAAAUAAAGGCCAGGCAUGGUGGCUCACGCCUAUAAUCCCAGCACUUUCGGAGGCCGAGGCGGGUGGGUCACAGGUCAGGAGUUUGAGACCAGCCUGACCAACAUGGUGAAAGUGAACCCCAACUGCACUAAAAAUACAAAAAUUAGCCAGGCGUGGUGGUGGGCACCUGUAAUCCCAGCUACUCAGGAGGCUGAGGCAGGAGAAUCGCUUGAACCCGGGAGGCAGAGGUUGUAGUGAGCCGAGAUUGCGCCACUGCAUUCCAGCCUAGGUGACAGAGUGAGACUCCAUCUCAAAAAAAUAAAUAAAAUAAUUCAGAGCUCUAAAAUGGAGGGAGGAAGCCAUUCUAAAAAGGACUCCCUACAUGACCUGCAACUUGAAAAAAAAUAAAAGCUCCAAAAAGAAAAAAAAAUACAGGAACUUACCCUGAACCUUUGAAUUGGGCCAAAUUGCAAUGACCACUGCAUCCUGGAAAAUUUUAUUUCACCAGCACUACAACUCCUCAACAGCACCAACCAAUAAACUAUGGAUUUUUGUACUAAGCCAGUCGCCUGUUUCAAAACAACUUGUCUAAUCACCCUCAGCUUUUUUAAAAACGCUUCCUCUACCCUCUCUCUUCAGAACACAAGUGGCUUCUAGCUGAAUCUGUCUCCCAAAUUGCAAUUCCUAAGACCUCAAUAAAAACACCUUGUCUUGCUGC